AUGAAGGCCCUUGUGACGAAUCGAACCAUCGCGACCCGCAUUUUCAACCUGUGCACCGGAAACGCCCAAGAGAUUCUUGUCAAGGUGCACACCGUGGGUCUCAACCCGAGUGACUUCAAGCACAUCGACGUCAUCUCCCCCAGGGGCUGCAUAGUCGGGUGUGACUACGCCGGGGAGGUUGUAGAGGUUGGCAAAUCCGCCGCCGGAUCUUGGAAGGUCGGGGAUCGCAUCGCUGGUGUUGUCCAUGGCGGAAUGUAUCGGGACCGGGGUGCGUUUGCAGAAUACGUCAAGACGGAGGGCGACCUGGCGUGGAAGAUCCAGCCGGGCGUCAGCGAUGAGGAGGCAGCGACGUAUGGCGUCUCGGCUGUGACGGCCAUGUUGGCGGCCAACGUCCAUCUCGGUCUCCCCUGGCCGGGCGAAGCAGAAAAGAAUCAAGAUACAGCGGCAUCGACACCACCCAAUAAGACCAUUUUCAUCUACGCUGGUUCCACGAGCGUCGGUCUGUUCGCCAUUCAGCUUGCUAAGCUGGCAGGAUACACCGUCGUCACGACAGCAUCGCCACACUCCCAUGAGCUGGUCAAGCGCUAUGGUGCGGACCAUGUCUUCAACUACAAGUCGGAUGGCUGGGUCCAAGAAGUCACCUCGGCUUUCCCGAACAUCAGCCUUGCUAUCGAUUGCUUCUCCGAGGGAGGAUCGGGACCGGCCACAGCCAACGUACUCAAGUCGCAGGGCGGCAAAAUUGUGACCUUACUUGACCAGGGCGAGUCCAAGGUCCCCGCCGUCAAGUACGAUAUGAUCAUGCUUUACACCGUGUUUGGUCGCGAAUUCGCUUGGCUGCCGCCAGUUGGUCCCAAGUUCCCUGUCGACUUGGAGCAUCGCAAGGCUCUGGCACGGUUUUACUCCAUGUUGCCGCAGAUUCAAGACUUGAUCAAGCCGCCUCCUAUUAAGGCCAUAGAUGGCGGGAUUGAGGUGCUGCUGGAGUCGUUGGACCCGCUGCGUCAAGGCAAGGUGUCGGGAAGCAAGCUGGUUGUCAAGUUCUGA